AUGGCCAAACUGACAAAAUACAACAUCCUCAUUUGUCUCGUCGUCUCCUGGGGAGGGUACGCGUAUGGAUUCGGCUUCGCCAUCUUCGUCACGAGUAUCGGCCAACCGGGCUUCUACGAAUACUUCGACCUCGACCCUUCGAGUGACUACUGUGCCAACAUCCUGGGUGCCAUCAAUGCCCUCUUCAACUUUGGCCUGGCCGUCGGGGCCCUGGCGCAGGGCUACCUCGCCGACGUGAUUGGGCGAAAAAAGGCCUUUUACAUCGCCGGCGCGUCCGCCUUGGUCGGUGCCAUACUCGUGGCGUCGUCGGUCAAGAUCGCCAUGCUCAUUACUGUUCGUCUCCUUCACGGGUUUGGGUUAGGCAUGCUGAUCUGCCUCGUCCCUUUGUACCUGACCGAAGUCGCUCCUCCACAUCGUCGCGGUUUGCUUUCGGGUUUGACGACGAUGAGUUUUGGUAUGGGAUAUUUCACGUGCGCCUGGAUCUCUGUUGGUUGCUAUUUCGCUACAAACAGUACGGUGCAAUGGCGUAUGCCGUUGGCUCUAGCUUGUAUUGGUCCUUUGGCUCUUCUGAUCGGAUUGCCUUUUAUCCCUGAAUCACCACGUUUCCUUACACUCGUCAACAAGACGGAUGAAGCUUGGGAGGUCCUGAAGAACAUUCAUCGUGAUCCAUCCGACGCAGACGACUCUUCUGCUCGUGCCGAGUUCACUCAGAUUGUCCGACAGGUCGAGUUUGACAAGUCGAUGAAGUCGGGGUACAUUGAAAUGUUCCGAAAGCCUUCGUGGAGAAAGAGAAGUCUUUUGGCCAUAUUCAUACAGUUCGCCGCACAAUCUACAGGUAUUCUCGGUAUAUCCAACUACCUUGUCUUGAUCUUUGGAAGUCUAGGCAUGACUGGUGUGAUGCCUCUCAUCAUCUACGCAUUGUACACUUCUGUCGGCACCUUUUUUGUCUUUGUCGCCAUAUAUACAGUCGACCGUGUUGGUCGACGAACAAUGUUUCUCAUUGGAUUUCCUGCUUUAGCAUUGUGUCUAUUACUCGAAGCCGUCCUUCAAUCACAAUACCUGGGCACUGACAACAAACCCGGUCUUGGUGCCUGCGUGGCCAUCAUUUAUGUGUAUAUUGUCUUGUUUCAAACCGUCGACGGUCCAAGUUUCAUCUGGAUGAGUGAAAUCUUCCCCACGACCAUCCGAGCCAAGGGCAUCUCGUUGGGAUUCUUCUCUUACUUUGUCGGUGCAAUCACUUAUACCACACCGGCCCCGUUGGCUUUUAGAAACAUCAAAUACAACAUGUAUUUCCUGUACAUGGGUUUGUGUAUCGUAUCGACCGUCAUCGUUUACUUUUAUUGCCCUGAAACGAAACAGAUCCCGGUGGAAGAGAUCGGUGCAUUGUUCGGCGACGAAGUCAUUGUUCACCUAACGGCCGAUGGUCAUGGGAUCGUAGAACAGGAAGAGAUGGUCAAGGUGGAACAGCAGGCGACUCAUGAGGAAAAAGUGUGA